AUGUCGACGACAGACGGGAGAGUUUCAAGAGCAAGGUCGACGAUUGUGCUGUUUCACUGGCCGUCCUCCAAGCGAACAUAAAUGCAUUGGCCCCCUACAUCCCACACAACAUUCAAUGGUGGAAAGACUUCAUUCAAAAUGCAGGAGGCACUUGACAUGGAAGACACUAAUCUGAAAGAGUCAUUCCAGUGGCCAACAAUAAUAGAGGUUGAGGUAAUGGGAGGAGAUUCUAGUCCUCAAACUCCUGAAGACGUUGGUCAGUGCUUGGACGAUGUCUUCCCUCCUGAAAGACCCGUUUACGUUGGCGCGAGAAAGAGCAGACAGUACCGAGAAGAAAGAGAUGAGAAGUACGAAGACCUCGUAGUCAACAAGUUUAUCGCACUGCGAGCCUUGCCCGGGAAGCAAGAAAAAGGCAAACCUUACCACAUCGGAAAGGUUGUCGAGUUGCUGCCUAUAAAACGCUUUAAAGUGGUCUGGUUUGCUCAACGGGAGAAAGGAGAUGGUUACUACCCUUGCUAUAGGAGGAAUGCUCAAGGAAGGCCAACGAGGGACCAUUUUGAGGACAUCUUCGAUUGGAGCUGCGGUGUUCUAUGUUACAACUGUGAUCUGAAGACGAACAAGACCCUGUUAGCUGUGACGAAGAAGAAAAUUUCUGAAAUGUUAGAAUCAAUGGAUGUAGAUGAUGAUGAAGGCGAAGACAUCUUGGCAUUACCUUCGAACGAGUGUCAGGCCAUUAGCGAGAAGAACGGCGAGAACGACUGUUUGACUGAUGUGAUUACUUUCGUAAAUCAUUAGGAAUAACUUUCGUCGACUUUACUGUAGAGAUAUGAAAUUUUAUCGUAGGACUUGUUAUAGCUUAGCAUUGUCUU